CUUCCACUCACACAAAACACACUUCAUUCAUUUGCUUCUAUAAACUUUUCUAUAACAAUUAUCAAUUUCCUAUUUUAUUUUCUUUCACUCAACUACAGCAGUUAUAUAUAUGGCGGAAGUGCAACCCCGUAACCGCGGUAGAAGUUGUUGUUGUUGCCUCUUUGGUGUAAUUUGGAAGGUCGUCGUAGCAUUAAUCGUCCUCAUAGUUCUCGCAAUUCUCAUUAUCUUCUUCAUUGUUCAACCCCGUUCCUUCAAAUUUAGUGUCAAAGAAGCCAAACUAACCGAAUUCAACUACACCAAUAACACCCUUCGUUACAACCUCAUGCUCAAUUUCACGGCCCAUAACCCAAACAAAAAACUCACCAUAUACUACGAUAAAAUGGAGGGACACGUGUCCUAUGAAGGAACUAGGUUCACUUCAACGAAUGUUAUGACAAUGGGGUUUAAUUCCUUUCGUCAAGACACUAAAAAAACGAAUCGUAUUAAUGGUGUUUUCUCUGGACAACGUGUUGUGGUUUUCGAUCAUGAUCAGAUUUCUAACAUUGAACGUGAUAAGAAAGAUGGAGUUUUUCAUAUCGAUGUGAAGUUGUACUAUAGCGUCAGGUUUAAGGUUUGGGAUUUUGUUGAUGAAGAUGAUUUUAAGGGUAACAUUAAAUGUGGUCUUGAUGUUCCUUUUGGUUCUAAUAAUGGGACUAAGUUUAUGAAUGCAUUUGAACCCACCAAAUGCCAUGUUAAUUUUUGAGAAUCAUCAUUUCACGGGCAUCACUUAUUUGUUAGAUGGAUUUUUUUUCCUAUGCCUUUUGUUUCGUAAUAUUUUGGAUUUUAGUAAAAAUAUAUAUUUAUGUACAUGGCGACGUAUAUAUUGUUCAUUCUUUGCACAUAUGUUUUUCUUAGAAAUGAACAAAUUGUUGGGCCGGGCCUUACAAUUUUAUUUUCAAUGUAUUUUUGUUUGUUGAAAUAUUAAAGGAUGAGUACUUCUUCG